UACACUCCAGGAAACCCGCUUUGUCUUCCUUUCUCAACAUGGCACCGAAGGCGAAGAAGGCACCAAAGGCAGCCGUCCCCGUCAAGACGGAGGCCAAGUCGAAGGCUCUGAAGGCAAAAAAGGCCGUCCUGAAGGGCAUCCACAGCCAGAGGAAGAAGAAAAUCAGGACCUCGCCCACCUUCCGACGCCCUAAGACCCUCCGUCUGCGCAGGCAGCCCAAGUACCCCCGCAAGAGCGCCCCCCGCAGAAACAAGUUGGACCACUAUGCCAUCAUCAAAUUCCCGCUGACCACCGAGUCGGCUAUGAAGAAGAUCGAGGACAACAACACACUGGUGUUCAUCGUGGACGUUAAGGCCAACAAGCACCAGAUCAAACACGCCGUCAGGAAACUGUACGACAUCGACGUCUCCAAAGUCAACACGCUCAUCAGGCCUGACGGUGAGAAGAAGGCGUACGUCCGCCUGGCGCCCGACUAUGACGCGUUGGACGUCGCAAACAAGGUGAGUUUGAUGGUUUUCAUUGUUCAAAUGUCAAGUACUGAGCAGAGGAUGUCAAUUAUUCUUUCUGAAUCUUUGUGA